AUGUCCUCGAGCCCGGCGACCUCGACAUCGGAGCAAUGGAGGGCCAAGCCAACUCCCGCGCCUACUCCUUCUCACCUUGAGGCGCGCGAAGGCCCCGCUGCCGCUCAGUGGCAAGCGGUGAAGGAGGUGAUCCGGGUCCUGUACGAGAAGAAGCCGUUGAGAGAUGUGAAGAGGAUCUUGGAGCAACAGUACGGCUUUCGCGCGACUGAGCGCAUGUUCAAAGCCCGGCUAUCGCAGUGGGGAAUCAGCAAGAACUAUUCCGACCGAGACUAUCAAAUAUGCGCGGUGUUGAGCCACCACCGCUACAAGAAGGGUAAAGCAAGCACCGCCUUCAUGAUCCAUGGCCACAAGCGAACGCUCCGGGACUUGCACAAGUACAUCAAAGGCCGGAAGAUGUCCGAAGAAGACUUCCUAGCAUCGGCGCUCAAAACCGUCGACUACAGGGACCAGCAGCAACCACCGGUCCAGUAUGCUCACGUCCGAGCAUAUACGCCGGAGCCUGAGCUCGACACCCUCAGUUACGACGACCUGUUGACACCCACGGAUCUGACAUCGUGGACAGAGUCGGUGCCGUCCGGGUCAUCAGCGUCGGGCUCAUCUUGCGUCUUGUCCCAUACACAUACAUAUACACCUUCGCCUAAUCACCCAUCACCCAGCGAUCAUGCCUCGCCGGGCUCCAUCUUCGUAUCCUCCUCUUCGAUGAUGCACUUGACACCGUCAGCAACCCAAUCCCAUUGUUCCUACCUUUCACCAGCCAAAGACAGUGCCAUGUCGAAAGCUAUUCCUGCCAUUGCGUGGUCGUCUCGACCGACGCCGUUCGAGUCAUCCCCGCUCCUCAAUCCGCCCAAGCUGACGUUGCGAGAUGAGGACCAACCUGCUUCGAGCGACCAAGAUAUCAGUCCCAGUAUCACUUGCCAGCGACUCGGCCGAGAUGUUGAAUACAUGGCACUUCAAGUGGUCGAUGCACCCCCGCUAAAGUCGCUCUGCGGACACGACGACAUUCGAUCCUGGCGGUUGAUGAGUGACACGUCUUCGACCGACAUGGAAGACUACGAGGUGAUUUGUCCGACGUGUCAUGAUCUCACCCGAGACCAUUUCAUCAGCCUGCCGAACCUCGAACUCCCUGCCCGCCAGCCACGAAACAUUCUCAACGAAACCAGCGGGGCCAUCCUUUCGGUACCAGCAUCGUCUCGUGGACACGAGCACUCCUGGAGAUGGGUGGCGCGAUGUUUCGCGGCGUGCAUCUACCUGAGUCGUGGCAAUGACGCCUUAUCGCGAAUCAGCCUGGCCGACGCCGACGCCGAAUUCGAGAAAAUGCUGACUCCGCACCAAGAUCCCAAGGUCUUACUCGCCCUCACCCAGACGCUGCAGAUUCUACACAUCCACGACCAGGGCGUCAUAUCCAGAACCAUCAUCUGCUCGGCAUAUAACGUGGCGGAGCGCGUGCUCGGGCCUGACGAUCCCUUGACCACCAUUGUUCGGUGGAUGGUGUACGUGGCCGACCUGAACAUGCGAGACCGCGACAUCACGAGUUCGACGUUGGACCACUUACAUACUCAAUUUGUGCAACGGCACGGAACCACGGAUCCACGAUCCAUAGCGUCGCUGUAUUGUUACGGGUAUAUGCUGAAUGUGGAACGGCAGGUCGAGCAAGCCGAACUGGUCUUGCGCAAGGUCUAUGAGUUGUCCUGCGUCAAUCUCGGUGCGCGGCAUCUUCAGUCCAUCUCGGCAUUGACCAACCUCCACCGUGCACUCGAACGACAAGGCCGGAUCGACGAAGCCAUUCACGUCUUGGAGCAAGCCAUCGCCAAUGCGCGCGAGACGUUGGGCCAUAACCAUCCACGCCGGCUGGAGAGCAUUCGUCUGUUGGCGAUCAUGCAUGAAGGACGUGGGCAGAUGGAUGUCGCCGAGUCCCUGUACUGGCGCGUCUUGGAAGGCCGGGUCCGAAUGCUUGGUCGCAACCACCAGUAUACUCAAGGCAUGAAGUCCGAUCUGGAGACUUUCUUGAAGAGGAGGGGCAAAUGGAUCGUGAGGAGACAGAAGGUGGGAAAGCCAGGGGCGGGCGGCGGAGGGAUGUCGCUGAAGGACAACGACAAACCCAACCAGAAUAAGAACAACAAGGACGACAGGAACGACAGCAACCACAACAGCACCAGCAGAAACAACAAUACUGAUACACCAGACAUUCGAACGGGACCGCCCCGAUUCUGUUUCAACGAGGUUAUCACCGCAGAGAUGACGGAGACCGAAUUCGUCGAAAGCGAAGCACAGCUCCGCAUGCAAGAUCUUUUCGAAUGGGAUCCGGAUGAGAAAUGGGACAACCAGCCCCUCUCCCGAGGAACCGAUUUUGGUGGAGGGGCUAGCAGUAGCGGUGUCGGCGUCGGCAGUGCUCGUACCAGCAUGGAUCUGGGAGAUGAUACGGGCAGCCAGACCCAGGCUUUUUGA